GUCUUGACAAAAGACUAAAUACGGUGACUGAAAAAGUUUCUGCUUCUAGAAACACUGACACUGACACUAAACAGGCAGACGUUGAAUGGUUAAACUCAAUUAUAUGAUAAACAUGCAUAGGAAGCCGUGUUCAAUAGAGGGCAUUGUCCCAGCAUCCCUGGAAUGUUUAGACCUAGAGACGGGAAUCGAUUGGAGCUCUCUUCCUGGAUCCGAUGCCAUCAAAUGUCUCCUGAAAGAAUGUGCUUGGCAAUGUUUCCAUGGCGACAGACGUCUUGCCGAGCAGCAGUCGGAAGAACUUCUGGAUGUGACGUGGGAGAAGCUCAACACAGGUCACUGGAAGGAUGUUCAGAUUGCCUGGAGACAUGUAUUCUCCUUUGCCUCUCUUCUCAAGGUGCUGUGUAUCUCGAGCAAGAUGCCUCAAACACCAGAGAUCGUACAGGACGCACUAUCGGCCUGUGAUCGAGGAUUGCUGAUGGGUGCUCCUAUCAUGAACGGGAUCCUAACACAGCUUGCAUCGUGUCUACAUGCAGCAGGAGGGGUUGCUAUGGAAUGCAGAGAAGAUGAUGCAGAUGGUAUAGGGCUCAAAGGACAGAAACACAAAAGAAUGAAAUUGGAUCAUCACCCUGAGCCCACUAUCCAUGCAGACCAUGAAAUACCCAGAGUGGUGUCCCCUUCUCUUCAUGCUUUCCUGCUUGAUAAUAUGGAGAAAGGAUCACCAGUCCUCAUAGAGGAGGCAAUGAACCACUGGCCUGCUAGAAGUCACAGACGUUGGAGCCUGUCUUACCUGCGUGCGAUAGCAGGGAAGCGUACAGUACCGGUUGAGCUGGGAUCCAAGUACACGGAUGAUAGUUGGUCACAGUCUAUGAUGACGCUUCAGGACUUCAUCGAUCACCACAUUGACAUUGAGAAGGAUUCAGGGUUUAGCCCUAGGGUGGGAUACCUCGCACAACAUCAGCUGUUUGAUCAGAUUCCAGAAUUGAAAGCGGACAUUUGUAUUCCAGAUUACUGUUGCCUGCAUCUAGCAGAUCGCACAUCUAAGGUUCCAAGAAAGAGGAUAAAUCCAUCUGAAAGUGAUGAUGCAAGAGAGACAGACGGAGAAGGUGAGAGAAGGUUUGGCACUAAAGGAAGGUGGCCAUCUGAAAGUAAUACAAGCAAGACUGUGACAGACCACGAAGAGGGGAAUCAGGUGGACAUUGGUGUGAAAGAUGGAGUGAUGGCAGAGGAGCAAAGAAAGGAGAGAAGAAAAAAAGAAGGAGAGAAUAACGUGAAAGAACAAGGAGAAGAUAGAUGGAAGGAACAAGGCAUGAAGAGAACGUUAUUAGGACAAGGAAAAGAUGAUUAUAAGGAGGAGGAGGGAGAGAAGGAGAACAAAGAGGUGGAGGAGGAGAAGGAGAACAGAGAGGUUGUUGGUAAGAAAUACAUCCGCUUAUACUCCAAGGAUUCUACUCCACUCCUCUACCAGCACGAGGGACUACUCUCAAACACCAGUCAGGUGGACGUUGAAAACAUAGAUGACGAGGCUUUCCCUCUGUUCAAGCAAGCACCGUACCAGGAAUGUAUCUUAUCUGAAGGAGAGAUGCUCUACAUACCCCCUCAAUGUUGGCAUUAUGUCAGGUCACUCUCUCUCAGCUUCUCCGUCAGUUUCUGGUGGAGAUGA